GGGGCUGUGGGCAGCGUUGUGCCGCGGGGGACAUGGUGGGCUCCAGCGAGGCCGGGGGCGAGUCGUGGCGGGGCCGGUACUACCGGCUGGAGGAGGUGCAGAAGCACAACAACAGCCAGAGCACCUGGAUCAUCCUGCACCACCGCAUCUACGAUGUGACCAAGUUUCUGGACGAGCACCCAGGUGGUGAAGAGGUCCUCAGGGAGCAAGCUGGAGGAGAUGCUACUGAGAACUUUGAAGAUGUUGGCCAUUCCACAGAUGCAAGGACAAUGUCAGAAACCUUUAUUGUUGGGGAACUUCAUCCGGACGAUAGAGGGAAGCUUCAGAAACCAACAGAAACUCUUAUUACCACUGCUCAGUCUAAUUCCAGUUCAUGGUCCAACUGGGUGAUCCCGGCAAUAGCAGCAAUUAUCGUGGCCCUGAUGUAUCGUUCCUACAUGUCAGAGUAAACGCCUUACUGAGAACUAAUGCAAGAAGAGACUGAUCUGGGAGAGAAUAUAAGCAAUCCUAACCCAAUAUGUUUCCGGACAAAAGCCUGAUGUCUGAAGAAAAAUUCAACUUUUUCAGAAAACUGAACAAUUCUUUUCUGCUGUGCACUUUUCUUAAUGUUGCCUUCUUAUUUGCUGUUCUGAAGUGAUAAAAAGGCAGCAUUUCUCUUUUUGUAUAACAAUUUUAUUCUCUAAUGAAUUAUUUGAUAACUGUAUUGGUUUCUGUGUUAGAAUAUUGUUUCGUUUGUAACACUCUGAUUCUGGUUACUUCUCUUUAAUCUGUAAUGGGGUCCAUAGGACUCUCUUUACAUAUAAAUUUUAAAGCUUUAAAUGACUACCAAAACUGUGUACAUGUAUUUGUCCAUGUACGUACUUAACUUAAAAUCACGUUGUCUUCUUAAAUGUAGUAUGUUUGAAUGAAAUGCUAAUUAAAUGUAAUGGAAAAAGCUGAGUGGAGUAGUGGGUAGUAGGUGCCUGUAAGUGGUUUGGCCCUACCAAUCAGGCUAUAGUGAGCUGAUUUUUUUUUUUUCUGUUCCUCUUGACAUCUGCUCUUACAGUUGUUGUGGAUACUCCUGCUAGUAAACUGUUCUGUUUGGCUCCCAUUGAAAAAUUCAGGUGAAGUAUGAAACCCAGUGUUUGGCCCAAUGAUGUCUGUCUCAGUUUUGUGAAAAGUAGCUCUUUUUUGCAAAAAAGGCAGAAAAAAGUAGCUGCUACUAAAUAAUACUGUUCCUGCCAAGCACUCAGGUGACUUUAGAAUUUGUUCUAGAACUUUUAGACUUUUAUAAAAUCUUCAAUUUUGUCAUGUACAUUGUGAGGGAAAAACUGAUACAUGGAAUCUGUUUCUGACUGUUCUGUGAUGUGCUCCUUGGUGCUUUACUACGAAGAGAUGACUGUUUUCACUGCUAAAUACAAGAAAACUGUUUGCAUUUUGUGGUGAAUGUUUUUAGUCAUAUGUAAAUGAUCAUGAAUAAAGAUUUAGUUGCUUACUCUU